CGUCGUCUGCUUCAAAAAGGAUCUCGAGGUUCUUCCCUCCGCAAGAGGAGAUGGGGAAGUCAGAGUCAUCCUGCCAGAGAGCUUUCCUUUCAUCCGAUUUCAUCCCAUUUCCUGCCCUCUCUGGAUGGUUUCCUGAAGCCACAGUGCUCUGACCUGACAUGUCCAUGUCAGAGUGCCUUCUCUGUGCAGAUCCGAACACCAAGCCAAGCAUCUGUGUGAUGCAAGUUGGAAAUUUCAUGAAAGUCCGUGGACCAACAGUGAUUUAUGUCAGCCACAAAUCUGGCUCGUGAAGUUCUUAAUGUCUUAGAGCAGCAAGGCCAAAGGGUAAGCAAGCACUGUUUUACAGUCCCUGUGGAUGCACAAAACACGAAAGAUUAAGGACAGAGCAGCCUGUGCUUUGCCAAAGACCCCACCAAAGGAAAGGCCGUGCAGUGCCACCUCUCCCUCUUCGCAGAGGCACAUGAGACAGAAGAGCCGGCUUGCUGAGCUUCCCAGAAACAGCUGCACUCCAGCUUUCUGAGCUGCAUGAGUCCUCUCCAAGCCCCGAGAGCACUCGCCUUGUCUGGGAGUAUGUGUCACGUUAUCCAGAUGUUGGAAAUCUUGCUUCAGGCACAUGUGACCCACUGGUUGGAAUGAGCCACUCCUGCCAGUUUGCUCUUUUCUUGUUUCCAAGUGUACAAAUUCCUCUUUUAGGCUGUGGUUUCUGCUGAAGUAGCAGAUAAAUCAUGCCUGUUUUGCUGGAAUGGCUGGAUGAGAGGGAGAUAGGCACAGAGGAGGUACAGGGCAAUGGAUCGUGGCUAUUUGCUUGCAUUUGGUUUCAUUCGCACACGGGCCCAGAGCCUCCUUUCCCGGUUCCCAGAACUCAUUAGCCGAUGCUUGGCUCUGUCCCAGCCUCCUCCAGCAUCCCAGUGCUUCGUAAACCUUGGCCCAGGGUGCCCGGCCCCAGCGGGAUGGGCGUUUCUCACUGUGUGCACACAAAACCUCAGGAAAGCUGCCUCCUGGAGCUGAGCUGAUAUCUUCCUGAUAUCCAAGGAGCUGGAUGGGGCAUUAGCAGCUUGCCAGCACUGAGACAAAGAUCGUGUUGCAGCAGCAGGAGGAGACUGCUCGUGCUCUUGACUGCAUGGAGGGAACCAGGCUGGCUGCAGCCCUCUGCCACUAAGUCUCCUGCUGCCUCUGGAUGUUGGUUCCACAUCUGGAGAAGCAACAGGUGGCACUCACUCCUUGACCUGUUGGUCUGGAGUGGAGCUUACAGGACCUCCUUUACACUGGUUUCUUGUGCUGUAGUAUUCCCUGGUGGCUGGGACAGCAGGGAAAACAGAGGGACCGUGGGGUAACCGUCCUCGGUCAUUUAAAACAGAACUCUUAAAUAAAUACAGCUUUAAAGUAACCCGGCACUAGAAGCAGAAGUUUUCACAUGAAAGGUCGAUGUGCAGAUGAACACAAGUACACUGCCAAGAUUUACUGCAGAGAAAGUAGUAAACAGAACAGCUUACAGCACCUUUGGGGUUAUACAGUUCUCUCCUUUGUCUCCAGCAUUUGCAGAUGAUCUCCACACAUGUUGUCAUUUAACAUCCACCCACUCCCACCUUUUUUUUGGCCCAAGCCAGUCGGGAAGACCUCAGGCAGGCUGUGUGAGUGCCAAACCGAACUCGGUGUGUUUCAGGAGUGAGCAGUCGGAGCAAAAAGUCACCCUCAGUGUCCGGGAUUGCUGUUCUACCAGAUGAUCCAGGAGCAGCAUGAAAGGGGGGAGCUGGAGGUCCUGCUCCACAGCACUGGCACCAGCCAGCACUUCCAGACGCCCUGAGCUGUGCAACCCCAAGGAUAUGAACCACACAUGGAAGUCUCAUGCUUUAUAAAAAGAUAGAGAAACCAGAAGGACCCCAUACAACAUGCAGGACCUGUUUGGGAGCUGCCUCCUGAAGGAUUAGAUCUCGCACUCGGCUGCAGUCCUGUGUUCCGCUGCCUUGUGUAACGUCAGGUUACUGAAGACUUGUACACCGACCUGCAAACUCCAGCCAGACCUUCUAGAGGAUGUGCUCAGCGAAACACCACAUUUAGCAGGUAGGGUGGCUGGAGGUGGAGCUGUGUUGUCGGGAUUGCAGGCUGUGUUUCCAGCAGCAGUGUUGGCAGAGCAGCAAAUGCAAUAGCCUAUAAAGAAAGAAGAGGGAAGUAGAGGGCAGCUGAGAGCUUUGCCCAAGGAGGACAUAGUGAAUUUACUGCCCCUGUGCCCCCAUCCAGCACCACUGGGAAUUCAGUUUGAAACAGGAAAAGAAAAAGGAACAAGGACCUUCACAGGGCCUUUGAGCAGAGGAAAAUAGAGCCUCUCCUCCCAGAGAUUGAUGUUCGUAGCAGUGCCAAACAGGUGUUCCUUCCCUCCACCUCUGGCUACCACAUCACUCUCAGAAGAGCGUGCAUGGAAAGAAGCCAUUCCUGAAGCAGGAUUGCCUUUGAGCUGGCAGCAGAUGAGUGACUGGCAUUGGGCAGCACUGCUGAGGCUCUGGCAGGCCGUUAGCAGAGAACCUUGGCUAAUGAAUGUCAUCCACACCUAGCAGAUGUGCCACUGCCUGCCAUGCCAGAUUUUUGACAUAAUACAGGGCUGCUGGACAUGAUGGUGCUUGGGAAAAGCCACGGAGUGACUUGUGCCUACAACACAGCGUUCAGUCCCACUCGUGCUCUGCGAGAGAAACCAAACCUGCGGCAGGGAGGGAAGCACAUCCAUGUCUCUCACUCCUCACCCCUGGUUUUAUCGAUACAGAUAUACAAGGCAAACCAAAGGUUUCGGCUGCUAUUCAGUGCCUCCUCAUUUGUCCUGGAGCCGUAACAGUGGUGCCCUUUCUCUUCUGGCUGCUUUUCCCUGCUUCUGGAGCAGCAGUUAUGGGAGAAGCAGAUGGCUACUGAUUGGGGAUGGAGGACGCCGGCGUCCAGCGGGGAAUAUGGGACGGGGACGCCAAGACGGUCCAGCAGUGCUUGACUGACAUUUUCACCAGCGUUUACACCACCUGCGACAUCCCGGAAAAUGCCAUUUUCGGCCCCUGCGUCCUGAGCCACACGUCCCUCUACGACAGCAUCGCCUUUAUCGCCCUCAAGUCCACCGAUAAGCGCACCGUCCCCUACAUAUUCCGGGUGGACACGUCGGCGGCGAACGGCUCGUCCGAGGGGCUGAUGUGGCUGCGGCUGGUGCAGUCGGCCCGGGAACGGGAGGAGCAGAACCUGGAGGCCUACAUCAAGAGCGGGCAGCUCUUCUACCGCUCUCUGCGCCGCAUCGCUAAGGACGAGGAGCUGCUGGUGUGGUACGGGAAGGAGCUCACCGAGCUGCUGCUGCUCGGACCGGCCCGGGCCCCUGCCCGCACUAACGGCUCGCCGCCCUUCGCCUGCCCCGAAUGCAGCCAGCGCUUCCAGUUCGAGCUGCCCUUCGCCGCACACCUCCGGUUCCGCUGCCCCAAGAGGCUGCACGGUCCCGACACCGGCCCCGCCGCCGAGGCUGCCGGCGGCAAGGACGUCGCCGGCAAGGAGCAGGAGCCCGGCAAAUUCGGGAAGCCCGGCGGGCCGCCGCACCACCCCUUUCCCGGUCCCGACGGCGGCCCCACCGCCAGCACCAAGCCCUCCACGGACUUCCACAACCUGGCGCGGGAGCUGGAGAAUUCCCGCGGCGGGCGCGGCGGGUCCCCGGGGCGGCCGACGCCUGGCGAGGGCGGCCCCGAGGCGGCGGCCGGGAAGGCGAAGAGGCGGUUCCCCGAUGAGGAGGAUCGCGGGCCCGGCGCGGCGCGGGGCCGCUUCCCGGCGGAGCGGCCGGGGCUGCCGGCGGCGCCCAAGGAGGAGCCGGGCUGCGCCCCGCAGCAGCAGUACCGCGCCGCCGGCUCAUACUGCGGGCUGGAGGAGGGCGGCCGCCUCUUCGCGCCGCCCAGCCCGGAGACAGGGGAGGCCAAGCGCAGCGCCUUCGUGGAGGUGAAGAAGGCGGCCCGCGGCCCCGAGCCCGACGGCGGCCCCGAGGAAGGCCCGGAGCGCGGCUCCCCGGGGGCGGGUGGCGCGGAGCCGGGGCUGUGCCCCCGCGGCGGCGCUGGGGGCCCGCUGGCCGCCCGCCUGGACGGCGGCAGCCCGGCGCGGGGCAGCGCCUUCAGCACGGUGCCGCAGCUCGGGGCCGGCCCCGGCGGGCCCGGCGGCGGCGCGGCCGAGGAGCGGAAAAGCGCCUUCUCGCAGCCCGCCCGCUCCUUCCCGCACGUCCCGCCGCUGGUGCUGGGCCCGAAGCUGGGCGGGCUGGGCGAGCCCUGCCCCGACGGCGCCGCCGCCCCCGCCCGCCUGUACACCGCCGAGGCGCUGGCCGCCAAGCUGCCGGGCGGCGGGGAGGCGGCGGGCGGCGGCGGGGGCGGCGGCGGGGGGCUGCCCAAGCAGAGCCCCUUCCUCUACACCACGGCCUUCUGGCCCAAGAGCUCGGCGGCGGCGGCGGUGGCGGCGGCGGCGGCGGGGCCGCUGCAGCUGCAGCUGCCGUCGGCGCUGACGCUGCUGCCGCCGUCGUUCACCUCGCUGUGCCUGCCGGCCCAGAACUGGUGCGCCAAGUGUAACGCGUCCUUCCGCAUGACCUCGGACCUGGUCUACCACAUGCGCUCACACCACAAGAAGGAAUACGCGCUGGAGCCCCUCGUCAAGCGCCGCCGCGAGGAAAAGCUCAAGUGCCCCAUCUGCAAUGAGUCCUUCCGCGAGCGCCACCACCUCUCCCGCCACAUGACCUCCCACAACUAGCGGGGACCCCCCCGGUUCUGGGGACUCGCCCGGGACCCCCGCCCGGGGACCCCCGCGCUGCCCGCAGCUCCCGCCCUUCCCCUUCGAUGCACGCGUUUCCACUGUCUGGGGAGGGGCGGGGAGGGCAGAGGUAGAGGAGGAGGAAAAAAAGAAGAAACAGAAGAAGAAGAAAA